GGCGUGCUUUGCUCGGUAAUCGACGAUGCAUUUUCCGGGACGCCAGAUAAGCUAGAGGGGGUUGGGUCCAACGAAGUCCUAUCCCGGCUUGAGCUAAAUCUAGAUUGAGACCGCCGGCUGCUCAGGAAGCUCAUUGACUUGGGAGUUCUCAGAGCCGGGGUCCCAUCGUGCGAGGGCUUGACGUCGCUGGGGUCUGAGCGGAAGAAUCUGCGGGAUGCCGAUGCAGGAGGUGCUUUGGACCUGAGAGACUUGCUGCCCGGAGAAUCGGUGAACAUGGACCUGGACCUAUGAAGACGGCGGUACGAGGACGGGGCAGAAGCUAUGUCGUCUUGGGGGGUAUAGUACUCUUCGGCGGAGGCGAGGGCAUUCAGGUAACCUGCGGCGAUAUGAGGCAGGGGAACCGGGGGUGGUGCUCUGCUGGGGGGACUGGGCGCCUUUGCGUUUCGAUCCUCGUUGGUGUCUUGACUGUUUAUUUCACGGCCCUCGCCUGUGUCUCCCGAGCCGCGAUUCAUGUCCUUGGAGUUGCGGGAGGCAUGUGCUCCUCGACUAGCCGCCUGGGUCGAGCAUGGCCCCAUAAAACGAACGCUCUGACGACGACGGAGGUCUUGUGCAUCAUCCCGACUACGGCCCUCUUGGCUAGCAGCGGUUGACCCGGACAGCGGGCGUUGGGGAGACGGUUGGGGGGGUCAUGGGGAACAGUGGUAUUUCGGCCAUGGUCCGAUUUUGGGCUCUCGUACAGGCCUCCUAGGCCGCAAUAUGAGCAUCCCGGUGUGCCUGCACGGGGUCGAGGUGCUCGAGAAUGACCCCUUGUGUCGCCGACGAGGUAGACUUGUGGCGUUUGAGGUCCGGCUUAGGCUUGAGGCUGCGCCGACGCAGCAUCGAAACGGUCGAACGAGGUGUGUCUGCGUGACGGUGCAGUUGCACCGAGACAGCAGUUCGGUAACAGUCGUCAAGGGAAAGGGACUAAUCAACAGUAAAGCUGUGUAG